AUGGACUCUGAAAACGACACAAGGAAGAAAGAUGUCGGCGAAAGCCGCAGUGCUUUGCUCAGCGAAAUGGUGGCAGCAGCCCAACAAAGCCCAACAUCCGAUACCAACCCUGAUUCUCCGCCAGCCAUUGGAAUCAGUGAAGAAGAUGCGCUGAAGAAUCUCUCCGGAACCGUCCGAGAUCAGGAUGAUCUGGAGCGAGACAUCACCAUGCAGGCCAACGCGGCGCUGAUGGAAGCUGAAGACAAAAAGGAUCGCAACCGAAUUGUCAAACUGGAGCUAACCCGCGAGAGAUACAAGUCUUUGCUAGACAAGGAGAAAAAGAGGCUGGAAAAGGCUGCUGGUAACCCUACUCAGUCUCGAACCAUUCAAAACGAGAUUGCCAAAUUCGAACAGGAAAUCAAGCAGGCCACUCUAGACAUUACCGAUUUCGAGUUACGUAUUCAGAAGAGACACCAAGAAGAUCCGCUCCACGGCUUGAACCAAACCAAAUCGAAGAGACUUCCUGGCGAAAGCAAUCGUGACUAUCUCAUCCGGACUGGCAAGAUCACUCCAUUUUCCAAGUUGGGAGGCGCACGCCCUGCUGGCAUCGAGGGUCAACUUGCUGACACCAUUCUGGACGCCGAGGAAGAAGCCACCGCAGAGCAGUUGAACCAUGAGACCGGCGAAGGGCCUCUUUCACAUCAACUACUUCGACGGCCAGGCUUUGCCGAAGAAGUAACAGAGCCAUCCGCGAGCAAAGGAACUGCAGCCGAGGCCGAAUUUUCACUUCGCCCGCGGAAGAAGAGAAAGGUUCAAAGACAGACAGAGCGUGAGCCCUCUGCUGAUUUUGAGCCAGAAGCCCAAUCUAGCUCCGAAUCUGUUGAUUCUACGGUAUGGCAACAAACAACAGAAGAUGACAUUGUUCGUCAACAACGUCGUAAAGCCAAAGCCAAGGCAUCGGCUGCUGAACAAGAAGCCAUCGAUCUUAGCAAGGUCGAUGAUGGUAAUGAGGCUCACUAUAAGAAGCGAUUGAAGGAUUGGGUCGAUCGAAGGAGUCGAGCAAGGCGAGCUAAGCGUCAAAGCGACUCUGCCGCAAGCACUGAGGAGAGCGAUGAGGAGGAAGACGAAUGGUUUAAACCGGCACCUGGUGUACCAGAUCAUUAUUUCACCGAUCAUCUCAAACUCCCAGGCGACGUGUACCCGUCCUUAUUCGGAUACCAGAAGACUGGCGUCCAGUGGCUGGCCGAACUCUACAAGCAAAAUGUUGGAGGCAUCAUCGGAGACGAAAUGGGUCUUGGUAAAACCGUUCAGCUUAUUGCAUUCAUUGCCGCUCUACACUACAGCAAAAAGCUCAAGAAGCCGGUUAUUGUUGUCGCCCCUGCCACGCUCCUCCGCCAGUGGGUAAGCGAAUUUCACCGUUGGUGGCCACCUUUGCGUGUUUCAAUCCUGCAUUCUUCGGGCAGUGGAAUGCUCAACCCCACAGCUGAAGAUGAUUACGAUGUGGAACACUUCAGCCCAAUGGCUACCAAAUCUGAAAAAGCCGCGAGGAGAAUUCUUCGAGGAGCUGUUCAGAAAGGCCAUGUUCUGGUUACCACAUACACUGGUCUUCAGACAUAUGCUGAUCUGCUUUUGGGCGUUGAAUGGGAUUAUGCGGUGCUUGACGAGGGCCAUAAAAUCCGAAAUCCGAAUGCUGAAAUCACCGUUACCUGUAAAGAGCUCAAUACGCCAAACCGUCUCAUUUUGUCUGGAACACCAAUUCAGAAUAACCUUACAGAACUCUGGUCGCUCUUUGACUUCAUAUAUCCAAUGCGCCUGGGUACUCUUGUCAACUUUAAGCAGCAAUUUGAGAUUCCCAUCCGGCAGGGUGGCUAUGCAAAUGCGUCCAACCUUCAGGUUAUGACUGCUGAAAAAUGCGCUGAAGCUUUGAAGGAGACUAUCAGCGAAUAUCUACUCCAGCGAUUGAAGGUUGAUGUGGCUGCCGACCUUCCAGAAAAGACAGAGCAGGUCUUGUUCUGCAAAUUGACUGAAGGCCAGCGCAAAGCAUACGAGACAUUUCUCCGCUCCGACGAAGUCUCUGCUAUUCUGAACAGGACACGCCAAUCUCUCUAUGGAAUUGACAUCCUCCGAAAGAUUUGCAAUCAUCCUGAUCUGCUUGACAAAUCUCUUGCGAAUAAGCCGGGCUAUGAUGUCGGCAACCCGAAAAUGUCCGCUAAGCUUCAACUUACCAAAGACCUCUUGCAAAAGGUCAUGAUUCCGAAUGGACACAAGACACUGCUGUUUUCACAGGGCAAGCAGAUGUUGAACAUUAUCGAGAAGUGCAUCAGGAACUGUGGCAUUACCUAUCUGCGAAUGGAUGGUGAAACUCCAAUCGAUCAGCGGCAGCCGAUGAUUGACAAGUUCAACUCCGAUCCUGAUAUCCACGUCUUUCUCAUGACUACCAGGACUGGUGGGCUAGGCACAAACCUUACCGGGGCAGAUCGAAUCAUCAUCUUUGAUCCAGACUGGAAUCCAUCUACCGAUCUGCAAGCGCGAGAGCGAGCAUGGAGACUGGGCCAGAAUAAACCCGUCAAGAUUUACCGUCUCAUGACUGAGGGUACGAUUGAGGAGAAGAUAUAUCAUCGUCAAAUCUUCAAGCAGUUUAUGACCAACAAGGUUCUCAAAGAUCCGAAGCAACGAAGCUCUUAUGACCUUUCAGAUUUGUAUGACCUGUUCACUUUUGAGAAGAACACAGAUCCCGCUGCGUCAAGAAGCGAAGUAUUCAGGGGAGCGGAAGUAAGCUUGAACAAAAACAUAGACAACACUGACGCAAAAUCCCUGAUACCCAUUAAAAACGUGGGUCAAGGGAAACAAGGGGAAUUGAAGAGCCUAGAUCUCGUCGCUGCAACGGAGGAAGUCAAGGAAGAUCCAUCUGCCCAUGAAGAGAGGCGAAUGCUUGAAGGCAUCUUUGCACGAUCAGUCAACAGCGCUUACGACCACGAGCAGAUUGUCAAUGGUCCACAAAAGGUGCAGGCCGAUAUGUCUGUCCUGCGCCAGGAGGCGAACAUGGUGGCUCGUCAGGCUGCAGCCCAUCUUCGACAUGCGGGAGAGGAAGCUCGCCGAGUACCAAUUGGUACGGUUACUUGGACUGGCGAAGUUGGUACCGUAGGUCGUCCUGGUGGUAAUCGUCGUCGUGGAGGACCAAGUUCGGCAGGUAUUAUGAGCAACCUUGCGGAUCGCCAGGGCUUGGACAGCGGCAGCAGCUCACGAUCCGGAACGCCUGGAAGCGAAAGAAACUUGAAGGCGAAGGACUUUAUUCCCUUGAUCAAAACAUUCAUCAACCGUCAAGGAGGAAAGGUGCCCAGUAAGAUGCUGGUGGACCAUUUUAAUUCUUACUGCCCCGGAAAGAAACAGAGCGACGAAUUCAAGUCUGCGCUGGAAAUGAUUGCGGUGUUGAACCGGCCCAGCAGUACUGGGAGAGGCAUGUGGUCCUUGAAACCACAGUUCAAGUAA